AUCAUCCACCACAUUAGUUAACUGGAAGUUUUUGUACGAAUUUCCAUUUUUUAUGUGAGAAUAUUACAUUAGUUACCAAAAUAUAUUAGGGAUAUUUGAUAUAAUCUGCAUUCCUCAUGUGUAGCGAAAUAGACGCUCGUAAGUGUAUGCUAUGUCUAAUGCUAAUGAUUAGAAAAAGAACUGUACUGCCAAAAUGUAAUACCAGUGAUAAGCACUUUCCUGUCAUUGAACCGUUUGUUACACACAAAAAAGGAUUAAAUGCCAUAAAUACAUUUGAGACUUCUGCAGUGACAAUAACAUUUGAGCGACUGAUACCCUGCAGCACAACUGGAGUGACAACCCUGUCCACAGAACCUGUCCAUCAGGAGUUCUCCUGGACUCCCCAGCAGCAUCUCAGACUGCCCAGUCGGACACUCUGUGGUCUGCCUGUCAGGUAACCCUGGAGACGGUGCAUGUGUAGACCUCGGUGGCUUGCAGACUCUCCCACGGGAGCAGUGGUUGGGUGAGGAUGGUUAGCUGUUUAGGAUCACUUCCAUUUCCUCCGGCCUUUUUCUGAGGCUGCUGUCGGAUCUUCUGGACCAUCCUCCCUCUUAGAACAGAAGGGAAAUGACAAACCAACGUUUUCUGACUUCUAUCUGCUGAUGAGUAACCUACAUGUAACUUAGUGUAACAAAGUACUGCCCGUCUAAGAAAUUCUUUAUUAAUCUAUUUGGUGGAAGUGACAUUUUUCCACACCAUUGUUAUGUUACAGAGAGAGAGAGAGAUCUUUAUAUUUGAAUUUGUGUUUCCAGACUCCCUCUGUGAGUUAACUCGCUGCCAGCAGAGGCCUCCAUGUGUCCGUGUGCUUUCCUCUCUGCAGCUUCAUCCUCUUCGACACAACAACCCUGUCAGCCUGUUGGCCUGCUGACCCCGCGGCUCUGCGGACACAUUCCUUUGUCCUCCCCCAGGACUCACUGACUGCUGGAGGGAGGGAGGGAGGGGGGAGGGAGACUGCUGCUGCUGCUGCACGCAUUUAAUUAGUGAGGAGGAAGAAGAAGAAGCGGCAGGACGGGACAGAGAACCGCCCCGUCCAGGCUGCUCGGGGCUCCGGCUUCAGCUGCAGACAGCAGUGCGGACUUCAGCUCGACACUUUGGAGUUUGAAUGCAGCGGAGACUUUGACGCUUGUUGAAGAGGAUUUAAAGCAGACUGCUGGAUGUUUGUAAGCUUUGUUUGGUUUUAAAUUCGUAUUUUCAGCUUUUGGUUUGAAGAUUUUGGCUCACAUAUCAAUUGUAAACGUCCGAAUCCGUGUAAAUGUGGUUUCGAGCUGAUCAGGGCUGUGCGUAUUUUCGGUGCUGUCCCGCUCAGUGAGUGAUGACUGAUUUAGAAAUGUCAGCCUGCGCGCAGCUCCGCAAACUGCAUCAUCCCGGCGGGGCUGAAGGAAAGUAAGAAAACACCUGUUGUGAAAGUUUCCUGGAGCUCCUCACGGACAAACCCGAGCUGCUAAAACAAGACGGCGGACGGAGCCGAGAGGAGACGCGCAGAGGACGGAAUGCGGUUUUUACGCGCGGAACAGACGCAGUUUCUGCUCCCGCCAGUCUAAUGAGUGAUAAUCUCCACAGACGUCUCUCCGGCCUCCGUGUUGUGUGUUUGCACUGAGCAUGUUGCCAUGGUGCCCCGGACUCAGAUGAGCAGGACGGCGGAGCUGCGGUCGGGAUGGCUCGGGAGGACGCGGUGAGGUGUCUGCGCUGCCUGCUGUUUGCGCUCAACCUGCUGUUCUGGCUGAUGUCAGCAUGUGUGCUGGGAGUGGCAGCGUGGAUCCGGGACCCCCUGAACACCGUCCUGACCUUGACAGCCCACACCAGGUUGGAGGAAGCAGCCAUCCUCACGUAUUCUCCAGCUGUUCAUCCCGUCAUCAUCGCUGUGUGCUGCUUCCUCGUCAUCGUGGCCAUGGUGGGAUACUGCGGCACGCUCAGGUGCAACCUGCUGCUGCUGUCCUGGUAUUUCUGCAGUCUGUUGGUCAUCUUCUGCGUGGAGCUGGCGAGCGCCGUCUGGACUUACGAUGAGCCCUCAGUGCAGCGCUCUGAUAUGAUCAGCCUGAAGUCCCGGAUGCCAAACUACGGCCUGCAGCGUUACCAGUGGCUCACACACACCUGGAACAGCUUUCAGACAGAGUUUAAAUGCUGCGGCGUGAUCUACUUCACUGAUUGGCUGGAGAUGACAGAGAUGGAGUGGCCACCUGACUCCUGCUGCUCCAGUCCGUAUCCGGGAUGUGCUCGCAACGCCCACCAGCACGACCUCAGUGAACUCCACCAAGAGGGCUGCGGUCCAAAGAUCUACAGUUUUAUCCGAGGGACGAAGCAGCUGCAGGCGUUGCGUUUCCUGGGCGUGUCCAUUGGCGUGGCUCAGAUCCUGGCCAUGGCGCUCACCCUCACGCUGCUCUGGGCCCUUUAUUUCAGCCGAAAGUCUCCAGAGCUGAACUCCACAACACCACCGCUGCCGCCAGAAGACUUCGCUCCCCUCGCAGCCGAAGCUCCACAGUCAGGCUGCAAUCGCAACGUUAAAGGCUGUGCUGCUUUGACCGCCGCCGCCAAACCCAGUGAGAUCCAGUUUGAGAUGGAGCGUCUGUCGUAGCAGAGGAGAGAAAGACUCUCAUUUUAGUUUCGACAUUUCUGUCAGUGACAGCAACAGUUUACUCCACGAGAUCGGCGGACACGUGACGUGACGGGUUCUGUCGGAUUGGUCGGGUCUUCCAGGGAUCCAUAGAAAGGUUUUAUUAUUUAAAUGUAUUUUUUUUAAAGACAUCAUUGGUUGAUUUUAAAUUGAUUCACUCACUUUGCAAAGAUAAUUAAUUGCUAAAGCUGACUGUCAAGGUGAAGAAGAUUAAUGCACUUUGUAACCGCCAACUCUCAGCCAACUGAAAGACGACAGACAGAAGACAUUUCAGAUCCAGAACAAGAAGUCCAUACAGAGUGAACCGAAUUAGUUGCUAGCAACUCCUGUUAAACGCUCCCGUUAACCGCCGCUGUUAGCAGUGAAGCCACAGAUGUGCAGAAAAACUAUCAAAGGUUUACUUUGAUACUGACGAAAAGUUCAAACAUGAAAAUGAUUUCUAAGUAGACAUGUAGAUGUUCAUUCUGGAUGGACAUCAGAGAUGAUGUCAGGAAAUGAUGUCACACUGAAGGACACCAGCAUGUGUUUCCCUUCUGCUCUGACAGAAAUGUUGGGCACAGCAGAUCUGAAGAAAUCUCAUCAGGUCCUCUGAGAUGGCGGGUUUUAAAGAAACCCAAAGGAUUCUGGUACUUUGUUGGCCCUUGGUGGUUUUUCACUGGAUGAAAACAUGAACUGAAGCACUAAUGGAAAACCACUGUGGGAGAAAACAGGAACUUUCUUCUCCUCUGAAUUCUCACAACUGCAGAGACAUUAAAACAUGUUGACUAUAUAAAAACCAGUUGGGAAGUUAUCCACUGGAAGAUGAUGUUUAUGUGCAUGGUGUUGAAUAUUUAAUAACAUGUCUCACAGUUAUUGUCUUACUCACAACUGUGGACAUUUGAAUUAGUCACCAAACUGUGCAGAUGGGGGGGCGGGGUAACUGCUGUGGAUGACUUGAAGACGCAGAUCUCAUUUUGGUGACAAAUAAAACAGUCUGUAAUGAAUGUGGAGCUUUAAGACCUCUCAAA